UUGUCUUAUUCUUUAUUUUUCUCUCCCAUUCUCUCUGCUUUCCUUUUCUAUUUCUCUAUCUCUCCUUCUUUCUCCCUCCUCUUUCGUUCUAACACUUUUCAUAUUCCCUCCCCUUUUCUCUAUCUCUUUAUUUCACUUUCUUUCUCUCUUCACACUCUUCUUUCUCUUUUUCUUUCCCUUUCUCUUUCGUUAUCUCUUUCUCUAAACCUUUUCUUGCUCAUUCUUCUCUUUCUUUUUCUCAAAUUCUUCUCUCUCUCUCUUUCUCUCUCUCUCUCUCUCUCUCUCUCUCUCUCUCUCUCUCUGUGUGUUUAUCUCUAUCUAUAUAUGUUUCAGUGUCUCCUUCUAUAUCUCUCUACGUCUUUCUCUUUAUUUUUCUCUUUCUAUAUUUAUGUGUCUUUCAUUCACUCUCUCUGUAGUUCUUUCUCUAUGACUCCCACUAGAUGUGUCUCUCUUUCUGUCUUUUUUCCUCAUUCUCUUUUUCAGUUAGCCUCUAUUUUCUUAGUCCCGUAUUUUUCCCGCCAUCACCAGGGAUGGUGGUCUAUAAAUUCUUCUUCUUCCUCCACGUCCUCCUUGUUCUUCUUCUUCUUCUUCUUCUUCUUCUUCUUCUUCGCUUCCUCUACUUCCUCCUCCUCCUCCUCCUUCUUCUUCUUCUUCUUCUUCUCCGCUUUCUCCUCCUCCUCCUUCUUCUUCUUUGUGCCUUAUCCCUAUGUAUCUAUCUAUCUAUCUAUCUGUCUGUCUGUCUGGCUGGCUGGCUGGGUAGUCAACACGAACGCCUGUCGUGGUGCAACGGCAUGCAUGCUAGACAAGUCAAUGUUCAUUUUCUAUCUAUCUAUCUAUCUAUCUAUCUAUCUAUCUAUACAUGUUAGUUUUUCUUGGUUUCUUCCAUCUCGUGUUCUUUCAUUUUUCCCUUGUUUUACAAUUUCUUUAAGUUCUUUUUUGUCACUCUCAAUUUCAAGUGUUCGAUUUUAUAAUUGUAUUUCUUUCUUUCUUUCUUUCUUUUUCUUUCUUUCUUUCUUUCUUUCUUUCUUUCUUUCCUCCUUCUUGCCUACCUUUCUUAUUAUACCUAUUCCCUUUAUCCAUUUUAUUUCUUUUCUUUUUUCUUUCUUUGUUAUUCAUAUGUUGUCUUUCUGGAAUUUUCUUUCUUUCAUUCAUUCUUUUUUCUUAAUCCUAUUCUUUGCCUUCCUUCUUUCCAUUCUUUUUUUCUUAUUCCUCUUAUUUUCUUCAAUUAAUUUUCUUUCUUUUUUUUUCUUUCUUUCUUUCUUUCUUUCUUUCUUUCUUUCUUUCUUUCUUUCGUUCAAUUUUCUUUCCAUCAUUUUUUUUUAUUCCUAUUCUUUGCCUUCCUUCUUUUCAUUUUUUUCUUAUUCCUAUUAUUUUCUUCAUUUAAUUUUCUUUCUUUCUUUUCAUACAUUUUCCCUUUCUUUUUUCUUUCUUUGUUAUUCAUAUUUUGUCUUUCUGGAAUUUUCUUUCUUUCAUUCAUUCUUUUUUCUUAUUCCUAUUCUUUUACUUCCUUCCUUUCAUUUCAUCUUAUUCCUACUAUUUUCUUCGUUUAAUUUUCUUUCCUUUCUUCCUUCCUUCUUUCUUUCUUUCUUUCUUUCUUUCUUUCUUUCUUUCUUUCUUUCUUUCUUAUUCCUAUUCAUGUUCAGCGCUUCAUUUUCAUUCUGUUAUGUCUAUUCGUCUUUUCUUUCUUUCUUUCUUUCUUUCUCUCUUUCUUUCUUUCUUUCUUUCUUUCUUAUUCCUAUUCAUUGUUCUUUCUUUCUUUCUUUCUUUCUUCCUUUCUUUCUUUCUCCAUACAUAUUUUCAUUUCUUGCUUGUCUUCAUAAAGGUCUUUUCUUUCUUUCUUUCUUUCUUUCUUUCUUUCUUUCUUUCUUUCUUAUUCCUAUUCAUUCUUCUUUCUUUCUUUCUUUCUUUCUUUCUUUCUUUCUUUCUUUCUUUCUUUCUUUCUUUAAUAAUUCUUGUUUCCUCUCCCCCACCAAGACUCUUCCUCUUACCCCCUUUCUUUUUUUCACUUCGAUUCCUUCAUAUCAUUUUUCCUUAAUCGUUCCAUUUUUCUUUGAUCUAUUCAUUCCUAGAAUUCUUUCUCUCGUAAUUCUUAUUCAUUCAGAAAAAAAUAUGUUUACUUUUAUUGUUGAUCCAUACUUCAUUCCCUCAUUAAUGAUUCUUCCUUUAUUUAUUAUUGUCCUUUCUUUCUUUCUUUCUUUCUUUCUUUCUUUCUUUCUUUCUUUCUUUCUUUCGUUGUCUCUUCUACCUUUCUUUCUUUCUUUGUCUUUUCUUCCUGUCUUUCUUUCUUUCUUUCUUUCGUUUUUCUUUUCUUUCUUUCUUUCUUUCUUUCUUUCUUUCUUUCUUUCUUUCGUUGUCUCUUCUACCUUUCUUUCUUUCUUUCUUUGUCUCUUCUACCUUUCUUUCUUUCUUUCUUUGUCUCUUCUACCUUUCUUUCUUUCUUUCUUUGUCUCUUCUACCUUUCUUUCUUUCUUUGUCUUUUCUUCCUGUCUUUCUUUCUUUCUUUCAUUUUUCUUUUCUUUCUCCUUUCUUUCUUUCUUUCUUUCUUUCUUUCUUUCUUUCGUGGUCUCUUCUACCUUUCUUUCUUUCUUUCUUUGUCUCUUCUACCUUUCUUUCUUUCUUUGUCAUUUCUUCCUGUCUUUCUUUCAUUUUUCUUUUCUUUCUCCUUUCUUUCUUUCUUUCUUUCUUUCUUUCUUUCUUUCUUCCUGUCUUUCUUUCUUUCUUUCUUUCUUUCUUUGUCUCUUCUACCUUUCUUUCUUUCUUUGUCAUUUCUUCCUGUCUUUCUUUCAUUUUUCUUUUCUUUCUCCUUUCUUUCUUUCUUUCUUUCUUUGUCUCUUCUACCUUUCUUUCUUCCUUUAUUUCUUUCAGUCUCUUUUUGUUUCUUUCUUUUUUCUUUCCUUUAUUCUUUCUUUCUUUCUUUCUUUCUUUAUUUCUUUCUUCUACUUUUCUUUCUUUUGUUCUUUCUUUCUUUCGUUCUUUGUCUUUUCUUUCUUUCUUUCAUUCAUUCUUUGUUUCUUUCUUUCUUUCUUUCUUUUGCCUUACAUUACUUAUUCCUACACUCUGUUUGUCUUUUUUUCACCCACUCUCUUUCAUAUUCUUUCUUCCUUUGUCUUUUCUUUCUUUCUUUCUUUCUUUCUUUCUUUCUUUCUUUCUUUCUUUCUUUCCCUGUUUUUCACUUUCUUUCUUAUUUUACAUCCACUCUUUCUUGCUUUCUUUCUUCUUCUUACAUUUUGCGCAAGAAACUUAAGUUUUUCUUUCUUUUUUUCUUUCUUUUUUCUUUUAUCUUUCUUUCUUUUUCUUUCUUUCUUUUUCUUCCUUUCUUUCUUUUUUCAUUCUUUCUUUUUUCAUUCUUUCUUUCUUUUUUUCUAUUCUUUCUUUUUUUUUUCACUUCGCAUUUUUUCGCUUUUAAUAUUACUUUCCUUUCGUUUUUUUGAUCCUUUUCGAAAUUUUCUUUUUCUUUCAUUCUUUCUUUCUUUCUUUCUUUCUUUCUUUCUUUCUUUCUUUCAGUAA